AAAGUGACCCACCUUUUCCAUUCUGAAAACCCUUCUUAUCUUAGAUAUCCUGAUCUUUUUCAACACUAAAAAGACAAAAUAACACUAGGAAUUAUGUUGAGUGAUAUAUGUAUGUUAAAAGUCAACCUAUUGACCACUGAUUAACAAAAAUUGCUAAAUCAAAAAUCAUUAUGUAACACUAACUUAUGUUUGUUUGUAUCUAAUUGUAGAUCAUCAUAAUCAACAAUUCAAUCUAAGAGUGAAGCAACCACAAAAGUGAACUACGAGGCUGCAAGGAUAAAAAGGCAUAGCCUAAAAGAAGAGGAAAAAAACUGUGAGAAGAGCACUUAGGAUAGAUGCACCAUAAUUGAUAGCCACCCAAAAAUGUGCUGAAUUUACAACAUGGAUGACAACCCUUUUAAAUGUUCCCUGUGCAGCUAUACAAGCGAGAAAAGUGUGCAAUUAAAAAAACAUUUUUGUUAAAAACGCACACAGGAGAGAAAAAAUUUAAUUGUUCCCUGUGCAACUAUGCAAGUAUAAGAAAAGGGAAUUUACAAACACAUAUGUUAACUCACACAAGUGAGAAACCAUAUAAGUGUGCCUUAUGCAACUAUGCUUGUAUUACAAAACAACUGUUACAAAACCAUGUAUUUACUCACACAGAAGAGAAACCAUUUAAGUGUUCCCAAUGCAGCUAUGCAAGUGUUACAAAACAGCAUUUUCAAAAUCAUGUAUUUACUCACACAGAAGAGAAACCAUUUAAGUGUUCCCAAUGCAGCUAUGCAAGUGUUACAAAACGGCAGUUACAAAAUCAUGUAUUUACUCACACAGAAGAGAAACCAUUUAAGUGUUCCCAAUGCAGCCAUGCAAGUGUUACAAAACAGCUGUUACAAAAACAUAUGCUUACACACACAAGUGAAAAACCAUUUAAGUGUCCCUUGUGUAUCUAUUCAAGCAUUACAAAGACAAAACUAAAAACACACAUGUUAACUCAUAAGGCUGAGAAACCAUUUAAGUGCUCCCAAUGCAGCUAUGCAAGUGUUACAAAACGGCAGUUACAAUAUCAUGUAUUUACUCACACAGAAGAGAAACCAUUUAAGUGUUCCCUAUGCAUCUAUUCAUGCACUCAGAAGGAGACUCUAAGAAUACAUAUGUUAACUCAUACAGGCGAGAAACCGUUUAAGUGUUCCCUGUGCACCUAUUCAUGUACUCAGAAGGAGUAUAUAAGAAGACAUAUGUUAACUCAUACAGGCGAGAAACCAUUUAAGUGUUCCUUGUGUGAUUAUGGAAGUAUUGUGAAAAGUAAUGUACAGAGGCAUAUGUUAACUCACACAGGAGAGAAACCGUUAGAGUGUCCCUUGUGCGACUAUAGAAAUAUUUUGAAAAGUAAUGUACAGAAGCAUAUGUUAACUCACACCGGUGAGAAAACAUUUAAGUGUUCCUUGUGUGAUUAUGGAAGUAUUGUGAAAAGUAAUUUACAGAGGCAUAUGUUAACACACAUGUGAGAAACCAUUUAAGUGUUCCCUAUGCAUCUAUUCAUGCACUCAGAGGAUGUGUCUAAAAAGUCAUAUGUUAACUCACCAUGUGAGUUAACAUUCAGUGCAUCUGUUAAUGUGCUCAUAAGGCGUAUCUACAUACUCAUGUUAAGGACUGUGUCUGUGCACCUAUAAGUAUACUUCAAGUUCGGGCUUAAGAAGACAUUUGUUAACUCACACAGUUGAAAAACUAUUUGAAUCGUUUCUGUGCAAUUUUAAGUGUACUGAAUCAGAAUUAAAAGUGCAUACGUUAACUCAUAGGUGAGAAACCAUUUAAGUAUUCCUGGUGCAACUUCAAGUCCAAACAGGGUGACUUAAGACACCUGUCAACUCACAGGUUAGAAACCAUUUAAGUGGUAGCUGUGCAGUUUUAAGUGUACCUUAAGUUCAUGUUUAAGGAGCCAUAUGUUAACUCACACAGGUUAGAAAACAUUUCAAUGUGUUGUGUGCAACGGAAUUUACAAGUACUCUUAAUUAGAACUUAAAAUAUAUUCUCAAAUGAUUGAGAAACCA